AUGCUUGUACAUGUUUACACUAAAGAUAAUCCAGAUAAUUAUGUUCAAUGUUAUGCUACUGUUGAUGAGCAAAGUAAUAGGUGUCUAGCAAAACCAGAAUUGUUUCAGUUACUUAAUAUAACUGGAAAAUCUGUUGAAUAUACAAUGUCUUCAUGUAAUGGUAUUUCUGUCAAAUCUGGUCGAGAAUUAGACAAUUUGGUUGUUGAAUCUAUUGACAGAAGUGUACAGUUUGAUCUUCCCACUGUUAUAGAAUGUCAGGACAUACCUAGUAAUAGGAAUGAAAUUCCUAUCCCGAGUGUGGCAGCCAAUCACCCACAUUUGUCAGAUAUAGCUCAUUUAAUCCCAGAAAUAGAUAGCAAUGCAAACAUGCUGUUAUUGCUUGGCCGAGACAUCACAGACGUGCAUCACGUCUUAGAUCAACGCUUAGGACCGAAAGGCUCCCCUUUUGCACAGCGUCUGCCCCUUGGUUGGGUUGUAAUAGGCGAAGUCUGCUUAGGAAAUGCUCACAUAGUCCCAGAUGUCAAUGUUAAGAAAACAUAUGUUGUGGGUGACGGGCGAGCCUCGCUUCUUCCGCCAUGUAAUAGCAAAAUACAUGUGUCCGAAUCUAAGGAUGAGUUUGUGUCUGAGUGCAGCUCCACGUAUGUAAUAGACAAUGGUAGAUAUACUCUGUUUAGACCAUGUACAUUGAAUGUUGAUCGUAAUCACGUGCCAGCAUAUGAUUACGAUUUUGUGUUCGCUCUUGAUGUCCGUCAUGAUGACAAAGCGUCUAUGUCAGUAGAUGACCGUAAUUUCCUGUCCAUUAUGGACAAAGAGUUUGUCCUUGAUUCAAAUGAUAGGUGGUCAGCCCCCCUUCCCUUCAAAACACCUAGGCCUAGACUCCCUAACAACAGAUCCCAAGCUCUUCUUAGGGUUAAAAGUCUUCAGACUAACUUGAGUAAACACCCCCUUAAAAGACAACAUUUCGUUGAUUUCAUGGGCAAUUUGCUUGCUAAUGGUCAUGCUGAAAAAGCACCUGAGUUAGACAAUGCUACAGAAUGCUGGUAUUUACCCAUCUUCGGGGUCUAUCACCCGAAAAAGCCUGAUAAGAUAAGGGUGGUCUUUGACUCGGCAGUACAAUAUGAGGGGGUUUCAUUGAAUUCAGUACUACUGCAAGGCCCUGAUUUGACCAAUAGUCUUCUCGGUGUUCUCCUUAGAUUUAGAUGUGAGUUAGUUGCAGUCUCGGUAGACGUAGAACAAAUGUUUUACUGUUUCGGUGUUCAUGAGAAUGAUAGAAAUUACUUGAGAUUCUUUUGGCAUGAGGAUAAUGACACUUCAAAGCCUCUUAUAGAGUAUCGUAUGAGAAAGCAUGUAUUCGGCAACAGUCCGUCCCCGGCUAUAGCUACCUAUGGGUUAAGAAAGGCCGUAGAGAAAUCUGAUAGCGAUGUAGUUCAGUUUGUAGAGAGAGAUUUCUAUGUAGAUGAUGGGUUGAGGUCAUGUAGUACUGUCUCAGAGGCAACUGAUUUGCUUCAACGCACUCAGUCAAGCUUAGCUAAAUCUGGCAUUCGUCUUCAUAAGAUUGCGUCUAAUGCACCUGACGUCAUGAAAAACUUCUCAAAGGAGGACUUGGCUUCGGAUUUGAACCAGGUUGAUUUUGACAUAGAUAGUCUCCCUACUCAGCGCAGUUUAGGGUUAGUAUGGGAUUUGAACCAUGAUUGCUUUUUAUUCCCAAGUCAGGUACAAGAUAAACCGUUGUCAAAAAGGGGUAUUUUGUCAACUAUUAAUAGCAUUUUUGACCCUAUUGGUUUCUUGGCUCCUUUUAUUUUAGAAGGUAGAUUGAUACUGAGGGACGUAGUAUCCAGUGAUGUAGGUUGGGAUGAACCAUUAACCCCUGAAGUUGAAACCAAAUGGUAUCGUUGGCUCAACAGUAUGAAUGAUCUGGAGUGUGUUAGAGUACCUAGGUCACUUUUCACAGUGUCUUUGUCUGAUAUGCGAGAACUUGAGUUGCAAAUAUUCUCAGACGCUUCAGAAAAAGCAAUUUCUGCAGUAGCGUAUGUCGUUGGUUAUAUUGACGACCAUUCUAAAAUGUCAAGUUUUGUUCUUGGAAAAGCUAAAGUAGCGCCCUCAAAGAGUCACACAAUUCCUCGCUUAGAGCUCUGUGCUGCUGUCUUAGCGACAGAGAUUUGUAUGUUAGUUACAGAAAACCUAGGGGUUAAGUUUGAUAAAGUACGGUUUUACACCGAUAGCAAAGUUGUGUUGGGGUACGUUAACAAUCAAUCUCGUAGAUUUUAUACUUACGUUAGCAAUAGAGUUCAGAAGAUUCGACAGGUUAGCUCCCCUCAACAGUGGAAUUACAUUCCUUCGGACAAAAACCCAGCAGACAUUGGAAGUCGUGGUGCAAGUCCUGCUCAGCUUAAUGAGAGCAUUUGGCUUUUAGGUCCAAAAUUUCUAAAUGUACAAGGCGAACCUUUACCAGAGUUUUAUCCACUUGUCAACCCCCAGUCAGACUCUGAAGUUAGAGGUACUAGUAUAGUUGCCAUGACAACCAAAGUUAUGGAAGAAAGUUGUUUAGGGGCAUGUAGAUUUGAGCAUUUUUCUUCAUGGACCAAGUUAGUGUUGGCGAUAGGUUUUCUUGUACACAUUGUGUUGUCGUUUAAAAAACUUGUUCAGUGUAGAGGUUGGCAUAGUUGUUCAGGCAUUCGUUCUUUAGAGAGCAAUUCUAGAGCUACCAUAGUUAUACUUAGAGAAGUACAGCUUGUAAGUUUUAAGUCAGAAAUAGAUUGCUUGAGGUCAGAAAGCUCAAUUAGUGCUAACAGUAAGUUGCUACAGUUGGAUCCGUUUCUUGACGAUAUGGGGUUACUCCGGGUAGGUGGUCGUCUACGUCAGAGUAGUUUACCCUUAGCAGAAAAACAUCCCGUUAUUUUGUCUGCUACUGGUCAUGUUACAAAAUUGGUCAUUAGGCAUUUUCAUGAGUCGGUACAUCACCAAGGACGUUUGCUUACUGAGGGUGCAGUUAGACAGGCCGGUUAUUGGAUUAUAGGUGGUAAACGGGCUAUCUCUUCACUCAUUUUUAACUGUGUGACAUGCAAGAAACUCAGGGGUAGGUUUGAAACCCAAAAAAUGUCAGAUUUGCCAGCAGAGAGAACAGAGCCGAGCUCCGCUUUUUCUAAUGUAGGGGUUGACGUCUUUGGCCCUUGGCAGGUUGUUUCUCGUAGAACACGUAGUUCACAGGCCACAUCAAAACGUUGGGCAGUGCUUUUCACGUGUCUGUCUAUACGCGCUGUACAUAUUGAGGUAGUAGAUGAAAUGUCUUCUUCUGCAUUUGUAAAUGCACUCCGUCGUUUCAUUGCGAUUCGCGGAAAGGUCAAGAUUUUUCGGUCUGACAGGGGUUCAAAUUUUGUUGGAGCUACCGAUCAUAUUGGGGUACAUACAAUUAAUGUAGAGAACGGCCAGGUUAAGGACUUCCUGUCUAAGUCGGGCAGCCUUUGGAUCUUUAACGCUCCUUGCAGUUCACAUAUGGGAGGGGUAUGGGAGCGUAUGAUUGGGGUUUCUAGACGGAUAUUGGAGUCAAUGCUCUCAAACACCCACAAUCUUACCCAUGAUGUUCUUGUUACCCUUAUGGCGGAAGUUAGUGCAAUUGUUAAUGCGCGCCCUAUUGUUCCAGUGUCCUCUGACCCUGACUGUCCGCAAAUCCUUUCUCCAUCAGCCCUAUUGACCAUGAAAAUAGAUACAGAUCAACAACCUGUUGAUGACAUGAACCUAAAAUCUUUGUAUAAAGACCAGUGGAAACGUGUACAGUUUCUUGCGAAUCAGUUUUGGUUACACUGGAGGAAAGAAUUCCUUCAGUCACUGCAGACUAGAACUAAGUGGCAGUCUGAUUGUACACCUGUAAAGGUUAAUGAUAUAGUUCUGCUUAAGGACUAUGAAGUUGCUAGAAACUAUUGGCCAUUAGGUCGGAUCAGUAGACUAUUUCCUAGUAGUGAUGGAAAGAUACGUAAAGUGGAGAUUUGUGUUGUGAAGGAUGGGAAACAAACAUUUUAUGUUAGGCCUAUAGUUAAUACAGUACUUCUGGUUAGGCAUUAAAUUUGUAACUAUUGUUGUGAAGUGAAUUUUGUGAACAGACUGAAUCAGUGAAUUGGUAUACUUGAACAGUAAAAGAACAGUUUUGCGCAAAUAUUCAGUGCAAGAUAAAUCAAUAAACUUCAUGAUUGUAUGUAUAUUGAACAGUUAAUACCUUACAUGUCUUAUAGUUACAUGCACAUGUUGUUAAAUUGUUAUUUUUGUUGAAAAUUGUUUUGUAUCUAUACAAGCAAGUAUAGUGUAACUUUACUUCUACUAAUUUUGAAGACCACCUCCUUGUAAAGACUAGUUGUUAUAUAAGAUUGUAUUUUCAUUUUUUGGUUUUCUGUUUUUUCAAGUCCAGAUUAACUUUAUGGUACAUUUUUGAGGAAAAUUAUUGUUAGUUGCUUAAGUGAUAUCUUCGAUAUCAGGUGGGGAGUGUGGUGUCCGCUAGUGGGAGGUAACUCUUGAUAGUAUUUUCAUUGAUCUUUGCGCUCAAACUUUUGGGUAAUUGUUUAACUUUCCGCUGCUCUGUCUCCCGCUUUUUCAUUUGCUGACGUACUGUAAAUGGUGGCUGAAUGAUAAAUCUUUCGUUCCUUUAUAUUCGGCUCCAUGGGAUGCAUGGUUAUUUACCACACAAA